AUGUCCCGUUUUUUCUCCCGUGGGUACCACUAUGAUAGUGCUUCUUCUAGUGAAGAAGAAGAAUUAUUGUCCUCUUCAGAAGAGGAGUUGUUGGCGUCUUCGGAUGAGGAAGAAUUAGUAUCAGACGACUCUUUUUUUAAUGAUUCGGAAUCUGAAUCUGUGGAAUCUGAUGAUGAUUCCGAUAGUAAACCAUAUGGACCAGAUUGGUUUAAGAAACCGCAGUUUAGGAAAGCAGGGACUUCGUCUGGUGCAACUGGUGCAAGCAGGUUCUUGAAGAGCAACCAUUAUGCUGGUUCGGAUGAUUCGGAUGAUGAAGGUAAGAAAGUUGUGAAAUCUGGUAAAGAUAAAUUAUUAGAUGAAAUGAAUGCAUCAUAUAGCAGGAUCGAUGCAGCGGACCUAACUCAGGAUUGGGUUACUAUUCUUUCUGAGUUUGAGAAUGUGACUAAGUUACUAGUCAAGGCACAGCAGCAGAACUUUGGCACGCCUAAUGUAUUCAUCAAAGUAGUUGCACAAGUUGAAGAUUUGGUUGCUGGUACCUCCCAAUCGGACAUCAAGAACAAAGCUGUUUCCAAGGCUUAUAAUACCGUGAAGCAGAGAGUUAAAAAAAUUGCCAGAGAUAUUGAGGUAUUGCUUGCUAAGUUCAGGGAGUCGCCGGCUGCCUUUGAUAAGGAAACUACUGUGGAAUUUACACAAUCAAAGGAGAUGUCUGGUACUCCAUUUAUGUUAGGUAUUGGUUCAAAGUCCUUUGAUAUGUCUUCAGUUGCUACAGGUUCUUCACAAUCUGAUUUUUUCAGUGCAUUGCAUAUUGUUAUCGAUUCUAGAGGUAAAAAAGGUACUGAUAUUCAAGGCCAGAUCAAGACUAUGGCUGAAUUGGUCGAAAUUGCGAAGACUCCGUACGAAUCUAUUGUUGCGUACUUGAAUUUAAUUCCAAUUAGAUUUGAUGCCUGUUCCGGUUUAGCGUACCAGCCUCUAGAACAAUGGAAAGCUGUUCAUGAUAAUGUUGUUGAUUUGUUAACCAUUUUGGAGGCUAAUAUUGGUAGUUAUCACGUCACGGAGCUUGCCCCACGUAAUGAAUUUAUAGAGGAUGAGCCCGUUCCAAACGAACAAGGUGUUAAAGAAAUUUUGGGUUCUGUCUUUUCCUUCGUUGAAAGAUUGGAUGAUGAAUUUAAUAAAUCGUUGCUGAAUACCGAUCCCCACUCCAGUGAUUACUUGGACCGUCUAAGGGAUGAACAAUCUAUCUAUAGCUUGAUCUUAAGAUCACAGUUAUACUUAGAGUCUGUUUUACCUGAAUCCUCCGCGGGCAGGUAUUUAGCACGUUCGUUCGUUAGAAGAUUAGACCAUAUUUAUUACAAGCCAUCCAAGCUUGUGGAAAUUAUCGAACGUGCUGCGUGGGCAAAAGCUCCUAAUGGUGCUACUUCUAAAUAUAUCACCUAUUCCUCAGAUCCCGAUUAUAUCGGUAAACUAAUUGAUACGUUGUGUACCUUCGUAUCCAAUGAACAUGAUCAAUUGUUGAAGAAACGUGCAACUUUGUACCAAAUUUAUUUCUAUGCAUUGAACAAUGAGUUUAAGAAGGGUAAAGAUAUGUUAGUCGAGUCCAAUGUGAGGACCGCUAUCAAUUCCCAAGAUCCUACGAUACAGAUUUUGUUCAACAGAGUAGUUGUUCAAUUAGGUAUAGCUGCAUUCAAACUGUGUUUGGUUGAGGAUUGUCAUCAAAUUCUCAAUGAAGUCUCAACUGCCUCCCAUCUCAGAGACAUUUUGGGACAACAGUCACUACAAAGAGCUUCUAACAAUGUUGGUGCCAAUGGCACUGCCACUCCAACCGAACAAUUAUGCUUACCAUUCCACCAACAUAUCAACCUGGAUCUGAUUGAUGCUGUCUUUAUGACAUGUUCACUAUUGAUUGAAAUUCCACACAUGGCAGCCUUCUUUUCUGGUAUCAAAGUCAAGAGAAUUCCUUAUUCUCAAAAGUCUAUCCGUCGUGCUUUAGAGCACUACGAGAAAUCCAGCUUUCAAGGUUCACCAGAGACUUUGAGAGACCAUGUCAUUCAUGCUGCUAAAGCUAUGCAAAAGGGUAAUUGGUCACAAUGUAUUCAAUAUUUGAGAGGUAUUUCUACUUGGUCCUUAUUGGGUAAUAAUGUCGAAGAAGUAUUUAUCAAAUUGAGCGAAAGAGUACAAAUUGAAUCCUUGAAGACAUAUAUUUUUACAUACAAAAGGUUUUACAGUAAACUGUCUGUUGCUAAGCUAUCACAGCUGUUCAGCCUGCCCAAUGAACAAGUUAUUGAGGUCGUUGAAUCUUUGACAGAUGGUAUGAACAUCAAAGGUUCUCUGAACGAGUCGAAAGAAAUGAUUAUUUUUGAGAGGGGUGAUGAGAUUACCAAGUUGGAGGAAGUUGCAAUAAAGUUGAACAAGGAGACAAAAUACCAAAUUGAACGUUUGAAUAAUGUUUCCCAACGGCAAUAA